AUGCUCAACGUCUCGGGAAGGAUCGUCCGUUGCCCCUCCGCGGUCAGGACGGCUGCCCUCCGCACGUUCACCAGGCCUUGCGCAGCCUCGCAGUUCCGCGCGGCCUUCUCCACGAUGGGAGGCAGCAGCUCGCGUCCCCGGAGCGCCGCAGUCCGCGCUGAGAGCGAGGACGAGAAGUCCCGGCCCAGUGGCCACCAGGUCGGGAGCGGGUCCGUGAUCAGCGAGGAGAACAUCGACCCCGAGAUCCUCGCCUUCAGGGAGUCCCAGAAGGACGUUGCGCGGAUCAGCCUCGCGUGCGAGGCCAGAACGCUGAUCCAGGCGGGCAAGAACGGCGUCCUGUCCACCAUCGACUCGUCCGCGGCCGCCAAGGGCUUCCCCGCGGGCUCGGUCGCCGCGUACGCCGUCGCGCCUGACGGCCAGCCGUUCUUCGUGGUGUCCCGGCUGGCCACGCACCAGCACGACAUCGCCGCGGACCCGCGCGUCUCGCUCACCGUCACGGCCGACGGGUUCCAGGGGCUCCAGGACGGCCGCGCGACGCUCAUCGGGUCGCUAACGCCCGUGCCGGACGCGGACAAGCCCGAGCUGCGCGAGCUCUUCCUCGAGCGCCACCCGAACGCGUUCUGGGUGGACUUCGGGGACUUUCUGUGGUACCGCAUGACUGACAUCAAGGUCGUGCGCUUCAUCGGCGGGUUCGGGCGGAUCGGGCAGAAGAUCUCGCCCGAGGAGUACCUCUCUGAGCAGCCGGACCCGAUCACGCAGUUCGCGGGCCCCGUGUGCGGCCACAUGAACGACGACCACAUGGACGCCAACAUCGCCAUCGUCAAGUCGAGCUGCGGGAUCUCCGUGGACAAGGCCAGCAUGGUGGGCAUCGACAAGCUCGGCAUGACCUUCGCGUGCGAGCGCGAGGGGCAGACCUUCAAGGCGCGCGUCGCCUUCAAGGCCCCCGCCGAGUCCCGCGCCGACGUCAAGACCAGGAUCGUGGAGCUGACUCAGGCCGCCAAGUCCGAGGCGUGA